AUGACUUCAGCCACUGUGGUGCUGGUAAUUGUGUGCGCUUUCUCGGUGCGCUGCAACUCAGUGCCAGAGACUCAGAACUCGGCCGGUGAGUCGUGCGCGUCGUGCGGCUUCAAAGCACCGGAUCAGUCCGAGCGAGUGGACGUUGACUUUUUGGAGGCGGUCAAGAGACACAUAUUGAACAGAUUGCAGAUGAGGGAGCGACCCAACAUCACGCAUCCCAUCCCGAAAGCUGCGAUGGUGACAGCGCUGAGGAGGCUGCACGCCGGCAAAGUGCGAGAGGACGGCCGAGUGGAGAUCCCCAAUUUUGAUGGACACGCGUCUUUUAACAACGAGGUUCAAACGGAGACCUCGGAAAUUAUCAGCUUCGCAGAAACUGAUGAAAACACAUCCUCAAAGUCCAGCAUAUACUUCCUGAUUUCCAAUGAAGGCAACCAGAACCUGUAUGUGUCACAGGCAAACUUAUGGCUGUACUUCCGGGUGUUGCCAGCUGGUUUUGAGAAAGGCCUACGAAGGAAGGUGACAGUGAAGAUCCACUACCAGGAAGCUGGAUCUCUGAGCAGUGUGGAAGGUGUGCCAGGAGGAGGAGGCGGUGGAGGGCGCUGGGCCUUGGUGGAAAAGCGUGUUGAGCUGAAACGUAGUGGCUGGCAUACUUUCCCCCUCUUAGAAGCAGUGCGGGCAGUGUUUGGCAAAGGUAGCCGACGACAGGACCUGGAGGUCCACUGUGAAGGAUGCGAGAUGGCUGGAGUGGCUCCAGUGUUGGUGGACCCAGGUGACCCCUCUCACCGGCCGUUUCUGGUGGUCCGUGCCAGACAAGUGGACGGAAAGCACCGCAUUCGCAAGCGAGGGCUGGAGUGCGACGGCACCAGCGGGGGCCUGUGCUGCCGGCAGCAGUUUUACAUCGACUUUCGUCUUAUUGACUGGAAUGAUUGGAUCAUUGCACCUGCAGGCUAUUACGGAAACUACUGUGAGGGCAGUUGCCCAGCUUACAUGGCUGGCGUGCCAGGAUCAGCUUCUUCCUUCCACACAGCAGUAGUAAACCAGUACCGUAUGAGAGGAAUCAGCCCAGGUUCGGUCAACUCCUGCUGCAUCCCCACCAAACUGAGUACUAUGUCCAUGCUUUACUUUGAUGAUGAGUACAACAUUGUCAAGAGAGACGUACCCAACAUGAUUGUGGAGGAGUGUGGCUGUGCUUGA